CCCAUACCUCCCCCCAUCUAUUGUUCCUGGUGCAGAUGGAGCUCCCAGCAGCAGCCAAUCACGACUCACCGAUCAGCUGACCUAUUCUGGAUUUACCCCAGGGUAGGACAAAAAAGGCUCAGUUCAAGAGAAGGAGAGGUUGAGGGGUACAGGGGAGUAGGACACAGAGAUAGGGGGUGAGGGUGCACAGGCAGGGGGUUUGCAGACACACGAGGAGGGUACAGAGCAAAAGUGCUGCAUGAGCAGAGAAGAAAACUGGAAACAUUGGUGCUGCGGAUCUUCAUGACUAGACGUAUAAAAGAAGGAGUGGAAAACAAAUUAAAACAAUCUUACAGCCCAUUUCUUGUUGACCUGAUUUAGCUGCAGAGCUGCACAUGGCUUGUCUUAGUGUCCUCGUGUUGACCACCUGUCAGUUAAUGUUUGGUCUUCUCACCAGCUCAUUUACAGACUCUUCAGUUCUAAGUACUGAAUGUCCUCCGCUGUGUGUCUGUGAGAUACGGCCCUGGUUUACUCCUCAGUCAACCUACCGUGAAGCCACAACUGUGGACUGCAAUGACUUACGUUUGACCAAGAUCCCAGGAAACCUCUCAGUUGAUACCCAGGUGCUUUUGCUCCAAAGCAACAACAUUGGUAGGACCAAUGGAGAGCUACAGAGGCUGGUUAAUCUUACUGAACUUGAUCUCUCCCAAAAUAACUUCACAUCCAUUCAAGAUGUUGGUCUAUCUAAUUUGAGUCAACUUACCACUCUGCACCUGGAGGAGAACCAGGUGUCUGAGAUGACAGAUUAUUGCCUACAAGACCUGAACAAUCUUCAAGAACUCUACAUAAACCACAAUCAGCUCAGUUCUAUCUCACCCAGUGCCUUCUCUGGGCUGAAAAACCUACUCAGACUGCACCUUAAUUCUAACAAGCUCCGUAUUAUUGACAGCCGCUGGUUUGAAUCUACCCCCAAUCUGGAGAUCUUGAUGAUUGGAGAAAAUCCAGUGAUUGGUAUCCUGGACUUCAAUUUCCAGCCUCUCAUUAAUCUGCGAAGCCUUGUGCUGGCAGGCAUGUAUCUUAGUGAUAUCCCAGGAAAUGCAUUUUUGGGCUUAGAUAAUUUAGAAAGUCUCUCUUUCUAUGAUAACAAAUUGGUCCAUGUUCCCCACCAGGCCCUACAGAAAUUGCCCAACUUAAAAUUCCUGGACCUUAAUAAGAACCCAAUCAGAAAGGUCCAGGAAGGAGAUUUCAAAAACAUGCUGCGGUUGAAAGAGCUGGGCAUAAAUAACAUGGCAGAGCUGGUGUCUUUGGAUCGGUAUGCCUUGGACAAUCUCCCUGAAUUAACCAAGUUAGAAGCAACUAAUAACCCUAAGCUUUCUUAUAUACAUAGAUCUACCUUCCGAAAUGUGCCUACCCUUGAAAGUCUGAUGCUAAAUAACAAUGCACUAAAUGCUGUCUACAGAGGAACUGUGGAGUCUCUACCCAACCUACGUGAAAUCAGUGUCCACAGCAACCCACUGCGGUGUGACUGUGUUCUACAUUGGAUGGGCUCCAACCAAACCACCAUCCGCUUUAUGGAGCCACUGUCCAUGUUCUGUGCAUUACCUCCUGAAUAUCGGGGGCAGCCAGUCAAGGAGGCUCUUGCACAAGACCCUGCAGGGGAGCAAUGUCUACCGAUGAUCUCCCAUGAUUCAUUUCCCACUCAUCUCAAUCUAGACUUGGGGAUGACCGUUUCCCUUGAUUGUAGGGCAAUGGCUGAACCAGAACCUGAAAUCUAUUGGGUAACUCCACUGGGGCAUAAGGUGACCACAGAUACACUCUCUGACAAGUACCACUUAAACACAAUGGGAACAUUGCAGAUCUCCAAUGUGCAGGUGGAGGACUCUGGGCGUUACACAUGUGUAGCCCAGAAUUCAGAAGGAGCAGAUACUCGAGUUGCCACGCUAAGAGUAAAUGGAACCUUAAUGGAUGGUACACAGGCUCUUAGACUGUAUGUCCAGCAGACUGAAUCUAGUUCUGUCUUAGUGUCCUGGAAAGUCAGCUCCAACAUUCUUGCAUCCAACCUUAAGUGGUCAUCAGCUACCAUGAAGAUUGAUAAUCCUCACAUCACUUAUACAGCCAGAGUGCCUGCUGAUGUUCAUGAGUACAACUUAACCCAUCUCCAGCCAGCCACAGAAUAUGAAGUAUGUCUGACAGUUUCUGGCCUUCACCAGCAAGCUCAGAGGGCCUGUCUUAAUAUCACCACUAAGGGCACAUCAUACUCACUGACUGUUACUGACCAAGAAACCAGUGCUGCUUUAGCUGCUGUUAUGGGAACUCUCUUUGCCAUCAUAAGUUUUGCUUCUGUUGCUGUUUAUGCCGCCAAAAGGUUCCAGAGAAAAAACUAUCGUCAUUCACUUAAGAAGUAUAUGCAAAAAACAUCAUCCAUCCCUCUCAACGAGCUUUAUCCACCUCUUAUCAGCUUGUGGGAGGGAGAAAGUGAGAAGGAAAAAGAGGGGGCAGCAGAAGCUAAAACAUCUCAAGUUGACACAUCCAGGAGUUAUUAUAUGUGGUAACUCAUGAGCGUUUAAAGGACCGUAAUCUCCUUAUUUUCAUAUCAUGGAUUUAAAGUUCAUGUUUUAAACAUUAAAAAAAGUUCUAUCUAAUCAAAAAUUAGUUAUUUAAAGUAUUCCAAAAAUAAAUCUAUUGUGCAGGACAUGCAAUCCACAAAGGUGACCUCUGUAUGAUAGUUUAUUUAAUAUUCUAGCUAAGCAUCUUAAUAAAGAUAUUGUGCCCCUUGUGGUAGGAAAGCUAAUCUCCUUCUAAAUAAAUAUUAAGAAUUUAGACUGGAUGCAGAAAUCUACGUUUUCAUACAUUGCUAAGACAAGUCUGUGCCCCAGACAAGUAUGUUUAUAUAGACUUUAGAUCUUGUAGGAAACGUUCUAAUGUUUAAAACAUGCUAUUUUAAAAACAUGACAACAAACUAAGCAUAAUGUCUUUUUAACACAAAGACUGAUAACUCUCUCCUUCUGCCCCACGUUUUCCUUCUCUCACUUCCUCCACUAAUAAAUCCCUUUAUAUUUCAUCUCACUUGUUCUGCAUAGACUUAUCUACUCUGGGAGACGAGUACAUUUGGCUUUGGUGUAUAGACAGCAGAGAGAUAUUUUUGGACUGAAUGCUUUUGGUUUAGUAUAGCGUAUCGCAGUUGUAUUUAGGGUGGGUUUUUCUCCUGCUCUGACUUUCUUCCUUUUAGUAACUAUUUUGAAAGGGCUGUUGUUAUUGACACUGCAGCUUCUCCUAUGAACACUUGUUGCAUUAGCGUGAGCGAACCUUCAAUGGCAGCGCCAGGAGUGCGUGAGGGAUUCAGCACAUGGGAUAUUCCUCCGCCAAACAAGUGAGCAAACUGUAUCGUUGUAUCAACUUCUUCUCUGGAAUUUUCUGAUAGGGAACAUAUGCCUGAACUUGUUUUGUAGUAGAUGAUGCUUCCUAGGAAAGCUUCUAUAGCAAUACAACCUAUCUUUGACCUUGGGUGGGUCUCUGUAGUACUGACCCCAGGUUACCAUGUGAGAGAUAACAUCUCAUCACUCCUUAGAUUUUAGUCUUUAUUUACUUUUUUUUAAUUGGUAACAUUACAAGAUGCUUAGAGAUCUCAGGAAGGGACCACUAAUUGUCCAGAGGAUAAAUGUCACUUCACUGUCACUGCAUGUCACCUUCCUUUUAAAAGCACAAUGUCAGUCUAUCCUGCUGACAGUACAAACAAUUUAGGACUAGUGUCUGAGUUGCACUCCUCACAAUGACAUCUAAUAGGGUGUAGUGUCACUUUAUUGUGAGCAAAAUGCUGUUUUCUAUAAGAAUAAAAUUGUGUUUUUCAUAA